UGUGUGUGUUUGGGGUCCUGAGUCAGCGUGGUGGUGCUGCUGUGCGUGUGUGUUGCGUGUUUUGGUCAGUAGUGUGGCUCUGGGAGCUCCUGGGCGCUCCUGGGCGCGGCGGUGCUGUGUUAGGGGCGUUAGGGGAGUGUGUGGACCAUGAUGCCGGGGGAGAAGCAGGCUGAAGCCGGGGGAGAGGCCUCUGAGGCCACUUCAGGGACAUGUGAAAACUGCACCUUAUUAAACCGGAGCCUGGAUGAGUACAUGGCUGCCUUGUUGACACUGAAGCAGAAGAUUAUUGACACAGACCACUUCUUGAGUGAGUACAAGGAGAAGUGUGAUGAGCUUCAGAAAUCCCAGAGAGAGAGCAGCAAGCUGCACCUGCAGUUGGAGGAGGUACUACUGAAACUCGGCCCUUUAGAAAAGCAGGCCGUGGAUUUCGAGGCAGUCAAGGCUGAACUGGAAGAAACAAAGGCUGCUCUGAAGUCUUAUCAGCAGAAAUGUGAGGAGGUGGGCAGUUUGAGGGAGGAGAAUGCCAAAACACUCACUUUGAACGAGAAGCUGAAAGGCAGUCUCCAGAUGGCAGAAGAUGAAGCAAAAACCCAACGUCUAGAAUAUGCAAUGUUAAAAUCUGAGAAGGAAACCCUAGAAAAAGACCUACAGAAAACACAAGAUAAUCUCAGGAUAAGUCAGCAGGCAGUGGAGGAGGUGGAGAACCUGAGGUUGCAGAAUGCCAAGACAUUGAUUGUAAAAAGUAAUCUUGAAAAUCAGCUUCUUCUGCUUGAAGACACAAAAGUUAAACAAAACAAUGAAAUCACAGAUCUGAAAAGAGAAAACUGCAGGCUUGAAGAAAACCUCGGGAGAGUGCAGGCAAAGCUUGAGCAAUUGGAAAAAGAAGUUAAGAAAGAGAAAAGAAGUAUAUCAACACAAACAAAGUUGGAGCCAAAAAUUGAUAAAGCUAAAGUUAAAAUGCUCCUAGAGGAACUCUGGCAUAGUUUGGAACCACUGUCCCAAACCUCAGAAAUGCUGGACUUAAAUGAAAAUCAGCACUUAUCCACCGUAUCAGCAGCCAGACUGGAAAGACAUCCUCCUCAGUUACUGCCAAUCAGUCCUUGCAGAAAGCAGAUGCCACAAUCAGCUACCUCAACUCCUGCUAAAAGAAGGUCAUGUGACGCACCAGGGGCAUUCGGUUCUACGCCAAAAGCGUUUCCUGAUAAGAGUCAGUCUGAAGCUUCUUUUCUUGAGGAAAACAGUCGGAGCGAAGAACAAAAGAACGAGAAAUCAAAAAGGGCCAAGAGGAAGAGGAGCCUGGGGUCAGAGGAGCAUCAUCAGAGUAGUACGUUGAUUGACACAGCCAGCGAUCGCUCCUCAGACAGAGACUGCUGGAGGAGCACCACAGAUGUGUGGGAGAUUCUGGACUUUUUUAAGUCGGUACCCACAGCUUUGUCGCCAUUGCCUGUUUCUAAUGAAUUGGUUGAGCUGGAUGAAGAUAUAUCAGCAUCAGCUGUAAAGGAAAGCUCAUCAGCCAUUAAUAAUGAUGGUGAAAAAUUAACAGUCAAGAACACUGAGCCAAUGCCUGUAGAGGAUGCUGAAGUAACUCCAUCUGUCAGCGCCUCACCUGGCUCCAUUUCAACAUCGAGCCUUGCAAACACAGAAAUGUCAUCAAUUCCUCUGGGGGCUGGUCAUGAAGUCACUAACAGCUUUUUGUCAGAUACCCAAGAAAUGGAAGUGAAUGAACUGUCUGAGGCUAAGGAGGUUUUGGAAGACGUGAAGCCCAAUGAAGUUUCAUCAGCAGGUUCACAGAAUGGACAUGAAAUGGAAUGUGGUACAACAGAACCAGUCCCAGAAUCAGCACACUCCCAGCUGAGCAAUGUGGAAGACCAUAUGAAUCUUAUCAACAUCCAGACACAGUCUGUUGGCAGUAAAAUCCCUGAUGCACUUUUUAAUGAUGUUAUGAGUAAAAGUUCAGAUACUGGUAAUCAUCUUAUAAGUCAUGACCACAAGUGCCUUAUUGAUGAUGAUGCUGAUAAAUCUAUUGAGCCUCUUUCUGUAGCUGAAGCAAAUGGGACUGAUGAUGGUUCUGAGAUUCAUCUGAAUUCAGAAAGAGAAGCAGAAACCGAGCCAGAAAGGACAGUAGAGGAAAUCCAGGGCGGCUGGACAGAAGGAAAUGAACCAAAGACCCCUGAAAAUCAGAAAAGUGUUGACAGAACAAAACACGAUUCCUCCAGUAGCAAGAUCACUGAGCUUUCAUCUGGAGACCCUCCAAAGCCUGAGGAACUUUCAGAUGAGGAGGAGUUCUCUGAUCUGAAGAGAAAAGUUCGAGGGAUUUCAUCAAAGCCAAAGAAUUCCCUUGAGAAUUUGAACAGUGUGCCACCAUCACUUGGACAGGGAAAGCCUACAGAUCAACUAGAGGCAACACAUUCUGAAACUGAAGAAGACAUAAUGAAAGUCGGCAGCCAUAUUGAAAUCUCCAAAGCUUUACCUGUUCCUGAGAAUGAGGGUGAUUUUGCAAGCUUGGAAGACAAAUACAACACAGACCAUACUGUCGGACCCAAGGAUAGCUUGGUAAUAAAUGGCAGCCAAGAAAUGGCAUCAGUAAAGAAGCUUGAAGAUGAAUCACUGAAUCUUCUCCAAACCUCACUGACGCAGAUCACUCAUGUCAGUAAUAAUAAUAAUAAAAAUAAUGAGUUACAUAAACUGUCUGGAGCCUCUGAAAACAGUGAUAAAAAGGUUCCCAAUAUUCUUCCUUCUGAAAACAGUGAUGAAAAGGUUCCCAAUAUUCUUCCUUCUGAAAACAGUGUUGAAAAGGUUCCCAAUAUUCUUCCUUCUGAAAACAGUGUUGAAAAAGUUCCCAAUACUCUUUCUUCUGAAAACAGUGAUGAAAAGGUUCCCAAUAUUCUUUCUUCUGAAAGCAGUGUUAAAAAGGGUCCCAGUGUUCUUUCCUCUGGCCUAAAGGAGCAUAGUCCAAAAGCAAUGGACAUAUGUGUUGACCAUCGAAAGGAUCAAAAGGAGGUUUGUCUACAACCUCGGAUUCCAGCUGUCCAAAAUCCAGUAACAUUGCCUGGUAUAGAUAAAGAACUGAACCCAUCACCUCUUACCAUUCUUACCUCCAAAGAUGCACUUACAUCAAGUCCAUCUCCAGACUCUAUUGGAAGAGUUCGAACAGAAAUGGGUCCACCUCUACCUCCAGUUGUUAUGCCAUUGACUGCAACUCCUCCGAAAUUUGUAAAGCACCAUACUCCAGUUAGGCCCAACAUAAAAUUUUCUGCCUGUCUACCCUCAGAAGGCCAAUUUACUUCCAAACAAACCAAAGAAAAUACUUCUCUUGAGUCAAGUCUUCAACAUGAAGCAAAAAUGUCCCCUUGUCUAAACACCCCUUCACCAUCCAAUGGGGUUCCUUCUUCUCCACUGCAGUUUGGAUCUGCAACUCCAAAACAUGCUGUUCCCGUCCCAGGAAGACUACCAUCCUCAGCUCUGAAUCCCUCAUCUCCCACAGCAUCUCAGGAGAACUCCAUGCAAAUGCUAGACACCAUGUAUCCAGAACUCUCUGCCCAAGCGCGGACUCUGAACAUCUUGAGAGGUAACGUUAACCUCAGCCGGGUAGGGAAUGAGAGCGGAACCUCACCACCUUCUGUUAAUCACAUCUCUGGCAACAAAACCAUCAGCUCCUCAUCCACAGCCUUCACCAAGACUGAGCAGAAAGUGAAAAGGACAGGAGUGAAUGUUCUACUGCCAAAAAGUGCCAAGAAGCUCAGGCUGGAUUCCUGUUCGCCUAGUCCAGUUAAUGCUGCCUCUCCUGUGCCACUUGAUAAUGAUCCACCAGCCAGUGUCACAGAAUCAACACGCUUGCACCCAGGAAACCGUCUGUCAGGAAACAGUUCUGACCGUCAUGAACAGAACAGAACAGAAAGCCAACCUAAGACCAGAACAAAUGAGUCUCAAAUCACUGAAGCAAUUGAAAAACUCCAGCAUUCGUGCUUUGACAUAUUGCCUGUGAUCAAGAGUCAUGUGUUUCUUGGAAGAAUAUCUCAGGUUCCUACUCUAAGAGAGGAAGAAAAGUCUGUCAUUUCAGAUUUCUGUUCAAACCAGUGGUCUGCAGACGAAUUCAUGUCCGUUAUCUUAACUAAACUCAAGGCACAGAGAUCUGUUUGGAAACAGGAAUUUGUGCAGUCUGUUUUUAGAGUCUACACAGGCCUAUGUCGUCAAAGAGGAGACGUUCAGAAAGCCCAUGCCCUCGCAUACAGUCUUCUGAAAGAAAAUUACUCUGAAGCUUCAAAGAUGAUUUUAUUCAUGCUGGCCACAUGGCCAGGCGUCCUGGCCUAUGAGAGCUCUUUGUGCAAAGCCAUUCACAUAGUGAGCAAGCUGAAAGCAGAGGGAGAGAUUUUAGACUAUCUUUCCUCUUAUCUACACUGGGACAAGAGGCCUCCAGAUAACAUCUAUAAAAUGAUCAAAGGCACACUGAAAGCUUUGCUGGUGGAUGUCAACCUGAAAUUCCAGAAACACGAUCGUCACGGUGAAGACCUCUGUCCCACUACCUGGGAAUACAUCUUUACCUUGGAUCUUCUCUGCGCACAUUUGGGAUGGAAGUGGACUCAUGACAAUAUCAUCAGGAAAGAGCUAUGGACAGUUCUGGAUGCGUGGGUGACACAGCCCAGACUUCAGCAAACACCAGUCAGAGAUGUUUGUGUGGCAGCAGUUAUGAGACUAAUUGGGAGACUUGGUCAACUGGGCAUUAAGGAGAAGACAUGCCAGUCUGUUCAGAAUGUUGCAAAAGCGAUUAACCUCUUUGGCAAACAUGCAAUAUCGCAAGGUGUGCCAUGGGAGGUGCAGCUUUCUGCCAUCUAUACCAUUUAUGACUUGGCACCCUGCAACCCCAAAGAAGCCCUGGAGGCUUUGGCAUCAUGGCGUGGAGAAACCACACAGUCUGUUCCCUCAGGCGUUACCAGCUGUAUCACGCAGAUCGGCUGUCUCUGCCGCCAGAUCAAACCAUAACACAUAUGUGAAGCACUACCUAUUUUUUUAUGAUUUUGUUUACAUUUGCACAUUCUUUGUUCUUGUCUCAGUGUACAUUGUUAAUAUUGCUUGCUUCCUGCUUUAUGCUGAACAAUCUUGAGACUUCUUGACUGUUGAAACAUGGUAAUGCUUGUUGGCUUGUAAAUUAUUGUAUAUUAUGUAUCUAUAAAUUUGUCAAGUUUCGCACUAAAAUGAUUUUUUU